AUGAUAGCUGCUGCACCAGCUCCAGCUCAGGUGCCUGCACCUGCACCUGUCUUCACACGAGUGCCCACGCCAGCUCCUAAUGGUGUUCCAGGGCCAGUUCCGGUCCUGUUGGAACCACAGUCACAUCCGGAAGCAUCUGUCCGAUACCUUGUGAAUGUCAUCAUGUAUUAUACAGAGAUGGUAAAGGGAGCCCCACAUACCGGCAGUAGGGUUAGUUACAAGUCAACACAUGUCAUGAAGAAAGGUGGUGCAGGUACCAUUGAAACUGAUGACGAAUUUAGUGUCACUCUCGGUGCGAUCCUCAAGAAGAGAGGCUGUUCAGUGAAUGUAGAUUUUGAUGUCGAGAAGUUGGAAGGCUUCCGUCUUCGUAAGCAUGUAUUCCAACAGAUAGAGACAGCAAAUGACACAGACGAGAAGCUCAUCUAUGGUACAAAGGUUCCACAUCUGGAAAUUGUCUCGGAUGAGGCACAACUUUACGGUGCCAUCAUCCUGGAGCUCAAGAAGCUGCAUAGCUGCUCAGAUCAUACUGGAGAGCACAGUGAGCCUGGUUAUUGCUAUAAGGGCAGUCAUGAACAUAUUCUGUUGAACAACCGUAGAUUAAAGUUGUGGGCAGCAGCCAUAGCAGCUCAUGAUGCUAUGAAGCAAGUCCCUCCCAAUGUGGUUGAGUUUGAAGCUCUUCUGAUACAGCAACUUGCAGUGUCUCCUCUUGCAUUCUCAGCGGCAAAUCCUCCAUCUACGCCUAUUUGGCAUACUUCUCUGCACUCACCACCUUCAACGCUGGGGAUGCCUCAUGAUGCUGCUGACCUCCAUAGCUUCCUUGUUGCUUUUCUCGAGAAGAAAGGUAUUGACAUGCUGUCUUCUGAAGAUGCUCUUGCUGCUCAAGAACUUACACCAGACAUCAUUCCCGAAGUCCCGCUGGCUCAUUUGUGUGAGCUGACUGGUGCUGUUGAAGGUUGA